CAAUUUUAUAUCUUGAUACUGCAAAAAAUGUUACUUUAAAAGUAAAUUUUGCAUAAUGUUAAGUCUUUCCUAUACAGUAUUUUUAUUAUAUUUGUCAAGUAUUUUAGUAGAAUGUUCACACCCAGGAAGUCUGUCUGUCCGUAAACUUAACCGACAACUUAUUGCAAGAAAACGACAAAACACUCUGGACCUAUGUCAAAUGUUCAACGUUGAAAACGAGAAGGCGCAAAGUGAACUCCUCAGUCACAAUCGAGUAAAAAGAGCCGCUCCAGCGGUAGACCCUUCAGACCGAGUAGAGAAUAUUGUAGACAAACUUUAUGACGAACCAGAGGAUGGGAAAAAAGUUGAAUAUAGAAAGAAAAAUGAUACUACGACAGCCAAACCUGAGGGCGCAAAAUCCGGAAGACGGUUCGAUUUCGCUCCUGGUGCUUUAGAUGUCAAUAUUCUGGAGGAAAAAGCUGACGGAAGAGAGAAGCUAGACGGAAAAACGGUUCCGGUCCCAUGGCACAAGUAUUGGAAACACGGAAUCAUCCCAUAUUUCAUCGACUCAAAUACAUACGAUACAUUCCUAGCCGAAAAAAUAACAAAAGCUUUCGACAACUUCGAGCAAAGUACCUGCAUACGCUUGCAACGACUGCGAGAGAGGCCCACGGACAAGGCGUCUUUGCAAGAUGUCCAAUGGCUGUACAUCACCAACCCUUCAGGCACUCGGCAGUGUGUGCAUAGCAACGAGUUGAAGACCAUUUCAGGAGUUCAGUGGGUAGUAUUCGGCUAUGACUGUAUGUCGGAAGGUCAGAUCAUGCACGAAGUCAUGCACAUCCUGGGUUUCUCACACGAGCACGUGCGCGAGGACCGCGACCAACACAUCAGCGUCAUGUGGGACAACAUUAAACCAGGAUACAAGAAAUUCUUCGAAACAAGGCGUCGUCCUGCGAUACUGUCUUCUCUUCCCUACGACUACGCGAGUGUUCUCCAUUACCCUCCAAGAGCAUUCUCCAAAAAUGGGAAAUACACCCUUGUUGCCGCGUCUGGAAUCGACUUUGGUCAACGCGUUGGGCUAAGUGAGGUUGACAUAGAAAAGGUAUCAAUGAUUUUUGGCGGAGAGUGCAUAGACCGAAACAAGCACUACUUGGAGACGACCUGCCCUACCGUCAUCGCUUCGAAACAACAGAAAGAGACAAAGAAAGCGACGCAAAAGGAAAUUGAUGACUAUUUCCGUGACAGAUUAUGGCCGUAUGGAAUUGUGAACUAUAAACUCAAAGACAAGAUUGAGUUCUCUAUUGAAGAAAGACAAAAUAUUGAAGAAGUCAUAAAGCACAUCGAAAAAGAAACUUGUAUUGAAUUCAGAGACAUGUCAAAAGACGACGACGUCGAAACCACAACAGUAAAUGAUGACGUGGUUUUAGCCGAUGAUGGUAAUCAAGUACCUAUAAAGAAAGAAAACAUUAAGACCCUUCAACACCAGUCAUUAAAUACUUAUCAAAGCUCAAAGUCAAUGGAAUCACGUUCAUCAGACUCUGUCGAGUCUGUAUCAUCGGAGUCAUCUAUCUCAGAAGAAAAACUCAAAAAACUCUCACUGAAAGAUACUACUUCAACCUUUAUCAAUAAACCUGGUUUUUGGGCUAAUAUGACAAGGAAAAAUGACAAAACCAAUAAUUUAGAAUCAGUUGCUGACAAGAAAUCGAAAAAAGAUGAUUCUAAACAAAAUACUAAGUCAGAACACAAACGUACCCGCAGAGCGGCGCCACCGUCGCCAGCAAGACGGCAUGCUGACGACUUGUUGGUGCUGACCCGCUCACCAGAGCCAGGCUGUCGGUGCCCAGAGCCUGGCCGCGCUGGCGCACAAAAGGAGCUGGUGAUCACGUCGGACUGCUUCAACUCCGUCAACGACCUGCUGCACGUGUUUGUGCACGUGCUAGGCCUGGACCACCAGCACAACUCACACGACCGAGACGACUUCCUCGCUAUCAACUGGGAUAACGUGACUAGGGGUUUAGGAAAGGAAUUGCAGACCAAGCUCCCGCCCGCAGCAUCAGUUGGCUUCGCGUACGACUAUCAAAGCGUGACGCACUAUCCUUGGCUCGACAUCAGUCAAGGCGUCACCAGCAUCAUGUAUCCUAUAUGGAACGACGGAUGGGCAAUGGGACACUGGCAAGGCCUGAGCUCCAUCGACGUUCAGAAACUGAACCUGCUAUACUUCGGCCAAUGCCAGUCCAGGAAGAAAGCUAUGGCAAGCUUAUUGAGAAAAGUUUAAGUUGAUGAGAUUAUAAUGGAAGUUAAAUAUAUAAAA